GUGCGGUCCAGUGGCUCCACCCGGCUGCGGCGCUGGCCUGACCCUGGGCGGCUCCGACCCCGGCGCGCGGCCCGCCAUCGCCUGUCUGCGGCCGGCGCGGCUCUUCGCGGGCACCCAGGUCUUCGCGGAGCGCGCGGGCGGCGCCCUGGAGCUGGUGCUGGCCGAGGGCGCGGGCCCGGCACGGGACCGUUGCGUGCGCUGGGGUCCCCGCGAGCGCCGGGCCCUGUUCCUGCAGGCCACGCCGCACCGGGACAUCAGCCGCGGCGUGGCCGCCUUCCGCUUUGAGCUGCGCGAGGACGGGCGCCCCGAACUGCUCCCGCAGGCCCACGGUCUGGGUGGGACCUAGGGUUGGCGUGAAUGUGCCUUGGCUCCACUGCAGACGGAAAGAGUGAGAUCCAGGGGUUCAGUGGGCUUGUCAGAGGCCACACGGCUGGGGACCGCCAGGGUGGGAUGGCCUUCCCGCCCUCCCUUUCCGAUUCACCUCGGGAAAGAGCUGGCAGGGGGCACAGUGGAGGAGGGAGGCCAGGCAGCGCAGCCUUGGACCUCUGGUCUCUGAAGGGUUGCAGGAGAUGGUAGGGGCAGAAUGAAAGCCUUGGGCCGAAGCCGUCUGGGCUCCCUGGCCCAGCGGUGACCUCUCUCCCCUCCCUCAGCCCAACCCACAGAAGUCCUGUGUGCAGCCCGGUCACCAUGGAGACGCCGCUCACCUCUCUGCAGGGCACCAUGCCCAGCUCUUGGCUCUCCUGGAGCUUGGUGCCUGACCCUGCAAAGGAUAGGCUCUCAUGUACCCCAGAUGCUGGGGUACAUAUGUCAGAUGGGAGUUAGGAGGGCAGCCCGGGACAGCUUACUGCCGGGCACUGCCCCCAGGCUCAUGUCUGUGUGCAUUUCUGCCAUUGAGGUGUGUGCCUGCAAGUGUGUCUCCUGAGUACUGGUGUUGCUGAGGGUGUGUGCAUCUGCCGUGUGGUUCCCUGGGAUCUCCAGGUGCCACCAGGCUCUGAGCACGGGCUCUGCUGACUUGCCUGCUGCCUCCUGCCGCCUGUGUGGAGUAAUGGGGCCUGGGGUGCUGCUGGGAGAGGGCAGCGCCUGUCCUCACCACCCCGUCUGCAUGCCAGGUGCCUGCAGGCCCUGCAGCGGUGCUGAGCUGCUCCUGGCUGUGUGCACCAGCGACUUUGGUGAGUGUCCUACCAUGGGGGAGCCUGGAGUGCCUUCCCCUGAAUUCCUGCCCCAGCCAACAUGCCCCCCCCCCCCCGCCGCAGUAAUUCAUGGGACCAUCCACGGGGUCACCCAUGACGCAGAGCUGCAGGAGUCCAUCAUCAGCGUGGUGGCCGGCCGUGUCCUCCACCAGACACUGCUGCGGUUCUGGGUGGGGGGCUCCGGGGACCAGAGGCUGAUCUCCAUUCAUACCCCACUGCACUGCGGCAUUCACCCAGGCCCAGGCAUCUUCCUCUUCAUGGGCUAGAGCCGCUUCGGGGAGGCCUGGCUGGGCCGUGCCCCACGAUUCCAGGAGUUCUGCCAUGCCUACGAGGCUGCCCAAACUGCCCACUGCCACCCCUGCGAGGUGGUGCUUCACUGAGGGAAUGGGCACAGCGCCAGCUGGACCUCCUCUGGGGCAGGGUGCUGGGGAGGGGCUGGUAGGAGGGAGGGUGGGGGGCCAUCAAUAAGAACUCUGGUGACAUGGGCUGCUGUGGAUCUGGUCUUCUGUGUCCAGCCCAGGCCUGGGCCUGCCUUGCAGCUGUGAGGACGGCUCCAGUUCCUGCCUCCUGGUGGGUUACUGGGGGAAUGGUAACCUUGUUCAAGACCACUUGGCAACUGAGAGGGAGAGCAGAUGUGAGGAGGAGCUACAGCCACAUCCCAGGGAGGGACUGUUGCUGGGUGGGGGCCACACGGGACCUGCACUCACGCAAGCUUCUGCUCUGCUGUGCCCACCUGCCCCGUCCUAGCCUAGCCCUCAGCUGCUAUCCUGGCAGGCUUCCACUUGCCUCCUGGGCCAGGUGCUUCCAGGGCUCAGCAGAAGAGGGAAGGGGCUGAGGGGCCAAGGGUCCCUCAGGUGUGGUGGGGGCAGGUGGGUGCAUGGCGCUCUGGCUCUGAGCAGGCCUGUGAGGGAAAGGGCUGCAGUCUGGCAGGGUGCCCACAUCUCUCCAUGGCUGCUGUGAGCCCGAAGUCAUCCUUGGCCCUGCCCCACCCUUGGGGAAGAAUGGGCCCCUCUGUCCAAAGGCCCCUCCAACAUGCCGAGCAUCCAGACGUGGUGAGGAGCCUGAAGGGUGUGGGGGUCCCCUCUGCAGGGUCCUGCUUGUUGCCUGUUUCCAGCGGGCAGGGUGCACAAUGGGGUCUCUAAGGACUGUUUCCUGACACUGGCCCCAUUGUCACUGUCUCUGCCUUCCUCAUCAGCUUUUCAGCCAUAUGAAAGGGCAGUGAGGUUUGGGACAGCCACAGCUCGAGACCCGAAGGCUAAAAGCCCCUGGGUGGGGGUGUUCCAGGCCCCCUGGCCCUGCUCAAGCUGCCUCUUCUCACCCCAACCCCUCAGACCCCGGGAAAGAGACAGCCACGGCUACCGGGCCAGGGGACCCCUGCGCUGAGUCCCAGAAACAGUUGGCUUUCCAUUCUCAUCUGGGCCAGGCUGGGGUAGAGGCCAGAGGCCCUACCCAGGCAGAUGAAGUCCCCAGCUUUCAGGGAGCAAAGUGAGCCUGGGUGAGGGACACAGCUGUGCAGGGCCCACCAACAAGGCCCUUCCUCCAGACCGGUAGAUGGAGGUGCCUGGUGGGUGCGUGCCCUCUGUGGACACCUGGGGGGAUCACCUCCAGCACCACCCUGGGACUUCCACCCUGCAGGUUGUCUGAAAGCUGCACAUGCAAGGGGCUUAUCGUUUCACACAGAUCGCCUGCCUGCUGUGGGGCUGAUGAGAAUGGGUGAGGAGCACAGCCGCCUGGGUGUCAGUCACUGGGCUGACACCCAGAAGGAGUUCCUCCCACCUUCUGCUCCUCCUCAGGCUCCUUGCUUCUCUCCUCUCUCCAGACUCCCAGCUGGGCAUGCUGCAGGCUCGGGGACAGGACCUCUCCUCUCCCCAGACUCCCAGCUGGGCAUGCUGGGCUCACACGGAGGUUGGGAACAGUGAUCUGGGGCAUACCCAUGUUGUCUGGAAGCAGCCUCUGUCCCUGCAGGGGCUCCUGACCCCAGCCAUGGAUGGCUAAGGAACCAGACCGGGGCAGGCACAGGCAACCCCUUACAUUCACGGGCGUCCAGCCCGACCCUGGGUGUGCAGGUCACAGCCCUGCUGCCUGACCCAGGGCUCUUCGACGUGCACCUCCAACCCCUGGCUUCACAAGGUCACCUCCAGAACUCACUCACCCAGGCAGGAGUGCAGUGGCACCAUCUCAGCUCACUGCAACCUCUGCCUUCCAGUUUCAAGUGAUUCUCCUGCCUCAGUCUCUCAAGUAACUGGGAUUAAAGGUGCCCACCACCACGCCUGGCUAAUUUUUGUAUUUCUAGUAGAGACAGGAUUUCACCAUGUUGGGCAGGCUGGUCUCGAACUCCUGACCCUGUGAUCUGCCCUACCUAGGCCUCCCAAAGUACUGGUAUUACAGGCGUGAGCCACCGCGCCCGGCCAGGAACUCAAUUUUUUCGUGUGUUUUGUUUUCUGGAGAAGGAAGGUGAUCUCUCAGCUGGGGCGGGCGCCAGAGGCCCCGGCCUGUGACGUCCGGCUGUCCUCCCACCAGGCUCACGGGAAAGCCAGCAUCUGUCUCCCUUGGCCUGCUCAAGCUCUCCGGGUCAGCCCCUCUCCCUUUCCCGCACUCAAGCUGCAGGAGGGAACUGCAUGCCCUCCUGGGUCUGGCUGGCGCUGGGUAUCCCGGUCAGCAGAGCGCCCCCCGCCAGUCUCCACGAGUCAGAGUCAUGGGGGUGCUGGCGCCUGGACGCUGUCUCAUCCCGGGGAGCCGCUUUCCCACGGGCUCCCUGGGCUCCAGCCGCCCCGCGCAAGCCCCCGGCUGGUUCUGGGGCCAGGACCGCCCCUCUCCAGGGCAGUCUCUUCCUUCCACGCCACAGAUGCGCAGCCCCGUUUCCAUGGAGACCAUCGGGAUGUGCGCUCGGGCAGGGCCUGCCUGUCCCCUUCCGCGGGUCGCCAGCACCCAACACAGGACGCCAACGGCGCUCCAGAGCGGACCAGCGGAGCCGACCCUCGCAGGCUUGGAGCGGGACACGGCGGAGCAGCGCCCGCGAGGCUGCCGUUGGCCGGAACCCGCGGGAGGGCAGCCGCGCCGGGCGGAGCGCACAGCGCAACGGACCGAGCGCGCGGGCUCUGCCGGCCACUUCCGGCGUCUAGCAGCGAGGCCCAGCGGGAGGGGGAGGGCGCAGCGUCAGCUGCCAGUGCCGCGGUCCCGAGCCGGGAACGACGUUGGGCGGGUGACCCUGAGCCGCGCGUCCCGCAGCCAUGGAGCAGGACGACCCAGCCGAGGUGCUGACUGAGCUGCGCGAGCGGCGGCUGGGCGCGCUGGAGCUGCUGCAGGCGGCGGCCGGCUCGGGCUUGGCGGCCUACGCGGUGUGGGCUCUGCUGCUCCAGCCCGGCUUCCGGCGCGUGCCGCUGCGGCUGCAGGUGCCCUACGUCGGCGCGAGCGCGCGGCAGGUGGAGCACGUGUUGUCGCUGCUGCGAGGCCGCCCUGGAAAAACGGUGGAUCUGGGCUCUGGCGACGGCAGGAUCGUGCUGGCGGCCCACCGGUGCGGCCUCCGCCCCGCCGUGGGCUACGAGCUGAACCCGUGGCUGGUGGCGCUGGCGCGGCUGCACGCCUGGAGGGCCGGCUGUGCUGGCAGCGUCUGCUAUCACCGCGAGGAUCUCUGGAAGGUGAGCCUGAGGGACUGCCGAAACGUGUCUGUGUUCCUGGCCCCUAGCGUGGUAGGUCCGGAGUUGCCAGCCCGCUGGGAAUUCCCGGCCACACCCCAGGGUAUUCACUGCUCUGAGGCCUGGGCCAGCCUGCUCUCACUGCUGGAGGACAAGCUUCGGGCAGAGCUGCCUGCCGGAGCCCGAGUGGUAUCUGGGCGCUUCCCACUCCCCACCUGGCAGCCGGUGGCCAUGCUUGGCGAGGGUCUGGACAGAGUCUGGGCGUAUGAGGUUCCUGGGGGUGGGCAGGCUGGGGAGGACGCCUCCUCUAGGUUGCCUCUGGACCAGGCUGCUCCUGGACCUACUUCUGCCUCUGUCCCGGGGACCCCCGUUUCUCACGCAAGCUAAAUGUUCAGACACGAUAAAGACUCUGUGGGUUCUAUCUUUA